CACCUGUUUACAUCCUGAAAACAGUCUCCGUCUCAACACAGAAGGGGUAGCAAAAAAGUAUGAUCGAGGACAAAGGAUUCUGGCUUGACGUUUGAUUAAAAAUAAUCUCAAAAUGACUAAAAUCGCAUUUGCAUGAUAGUUAGUAGUUUGAGCCUUCUACUUUUAUAUAGAAUAUACAUGAAAAACCUUUUUUGCUUUUGUACUCACAACUGUGUGAAGUGUGAGUUGUACUCCCACACAACAAAAUGGCCGACGGCGACAGUAGUAUAGUAACAGUUAAGAGCAAUCAGCUGAAUACAGACAGAGAAAAGCCUACUAAUAAAGAAUCCAGUCCAGAAGAAUCAUUUCUUUUUAAAGAAAAAAUAGUAUUACCCCAACAACCUCUUAAAGCUGGCUGCUCCAGUACAUGUCAUGACGAAAUUCAUCAUGAUGGUUCAUCAGAUUGUUCAAGUGUAUCAUCUAGUAAAUCUAGUCACUCUUUCUUAAAACAACAAGGUCUAAUGAAUCAAGCUUCAUCUAGUUCUGCUAUCAUUGAGAAAACUGAUGUUAAUAUUUUCAGGCAGACAAAUAACAGCUGUUGUAGUUCAAAUACUUGUGAAAUUAAUUGUAAUAUAGCUAAAAAGCCUCAGCAUUUAUUUAUAUGUGGGUGUGAGCAAAGUGAUACCAGCUCAGCAAUAGAUCCAGUUUUAGAUAAUAUUGACACAUUAUCAUUAAGCUCUUCUUCAACACAAUCUAAUAAAAAGUCUUCCAACUACAAAAUUCUGACAAAAUUAAAAAGGAAAACAUGUGAAUCAACUCUUCAAACCAAACACGUGUGUUGGCAGUGUAGCAGUUGUGCAAGCCCCAGCUCCUCUUUGUCAUUAUCUGCUUCAUUUAGUGAUGAGGAAUACUUUGAAGAUGCUGAGCUUCCUGGAGCAACAGAAGAUUUCAAAUUAUUUUACAGGGAUUCAAGAGACAAGCUGUUUAUAGAUGACUGGGACUCGGGCCAGAGUAGCAACAGUAAUAGUAACAAUAGCCACGAACACCAAGAGGAUGAUGAGUGGACAGAUGCAAAUAGUUUAUUUGAAAAUGAAGUGAACUAUGAAGAAAUGAGACAAAGAAGAAGCCAAGAAGCCCCUCCAAUGUAUCCACACAGGGCUUUACUGUACAUGGAAUGCAGUGUGUGUUUCACCAAAUCCUAUUUGAGAAGAAGAGUUUGUUGCGACUUUCAGAUCUGCCAUGAAUGUAUGGGUAUAUAUGUUUCAAUGAAAGUUAAUGAGGCCAAAGUACAAAUUGAAUGUCCAAAUGAUAGAUGCCAUGUCCUUGUCCAUCGAGAUGAAGUAAAUGAACGUCUGCCUAAUGAUUUGAAAGACAAGUUUACAAAAUUUCUCAUAGACGCCAAUGCAGAUCCCUGUGAAAAGACAUGUCCAGCAUGUAGCAAAGUAUACACCAUCAAACCUGAAAGUUUAUCAAGUAAGAAAAAGCUGAAGAAUGGAUUAAAAGUGUAUUGCCCUCAGUGUCAUCUUCAGUGGUGCUUUCUCUGCCAAGCACCUUUUCACACUGGUGUUUCUUGUAAGCAAUACUGGAAGGGUGACAAGAUGGUCAAAAGGUGGGCUAAGGAGAGGAGCUAUGGCCAAAGUAAUGCACAGAAAUGCCCUAAGUGUGGGAUUUACAUACAGAAAGUGCAUGGCUGUGACCAUAUGAAGUGCAGUAAGUGUCACACAGAUUUUUGUUACCGGUGUGGUGACCGGUAUAUCAGUGUCAAGCUGCUGGGUAAUCACUGGAGCCGUUUUUCACUCUUUGGCUGCAAGUACCGCUUGAUGCCAGAAAGGCCUGGUCUGAGGAGGCUGAUUAGAGGAACUAAUUUUGCUGCUCGUCUGGUGGCUGGAGUGGUAUUAGCAGGUCUGGGGCUAGCUGCUGGUGCAGUUUUAGUUGGAGCCAGUGUUGUCAUUGUCCCUGGUUACGGGAUAUUUCUGUUGAAAAGGCACCUAUGGCGUAAAAAACAAAGAAAAAAAUUUGAGAAGCAAAAGAUGAAGAUGAUUGCUCUUGCAGAGGUUGAUAGGAAAAAGCAAGGUUUAACUCUCAAUUCAAGACAAACAUCUGUUGCAUUUGAUGAUUCAGAAAUUGAAAACCAGGAUGAUGCACAGCAAGUUAAGGCCAUAGUUCAUAGGUCACUUAGUUUCAAUCGAGAGGAGUCUCUCGCAAUAAAAAGUGACAUUUUCAUCAACAAAUACAUCAGCGAUGGAACAGAAGUGACAAUCACUAGACCUAAAGACAGCAACUUUGAUGAUGUGGUGGUAGUUUCUGACGUGUUAGAAAUCCCAAACGAGAAUGGAUAUUCAACUGUUGUUGCCAAUGUUGUCUCUAAGAUGCACCAUAGCACUGAAAAAGAAACUUCUGUAGUCAGACAAGGCUCAAAUGUAGAUCAGGGUGUUGUCAAGCAGGAUGAAAACAAAGAUGUUUCCACAAAUCUUGAAAAGAUUGAAGCUCCUGUCACUGACUCGGUUGAAGACGUUAACCCUUUAGAUGCAUCGUUGGAGCAGUCAAGUUCAGAUUUUGAUGAAAAUCAAAACCUUCCCAGCGAGAAUGAGAUUAAUCCAGAUGGGAAUAAAAAUUCUGAGUUAGAUGUUAAAAAAACUGUGGAUGUGAAAUCAGACAAAUCUGCCGAGGACUCAGACAGCCUGAAAGGGGAUAGGAAUGGUUGCUUUGGGAAUAUAUUCUCCAAGAGGAUACCAACAACCAGUGAGGAACUAAUGACUAAGACUAUCAUAUCAAAUUCACACAAAAAAUUUGUUAGCUGCAAAGCUGCCACAUGGGAAAAGUGCAACCGUGAUAAAAUGUUGAAGUCAACACCUUCAGAUCAAAAGGGGGAUGCUAGUAAGUUGUCCUUGUUCAUGCAGAAAACACCUGCGUCACUUGCGUCAGUUUUGAAUGCCGGCGGGGAUUUUUCUAAUCAAAUGCUACAUCUCUCUUCUAAAAAUGUGACGAAACUAUCCCUGGAGUCAGCUGUUGGUCAGGAUGUUGAGAGUAUGUUCACCCAUGGUCAACUUUAUAAAGCAGGUGACCCAUCUUUGACCAACGGUGAUGUUGGGUCCAGUUUUGUCGAUCACACAGUUGCAGAUCACACAACCCAGAGUCUUUCUCCAGAUGUUUCAACUACAACACCAGGUGUUACGUCACCUUCAACACUUGACCUUCCACCUCAUCAACCUUUAGAUGAGCCAGCACAGUUUGAGCCAGUGGUAACAGAUGAUGGCUACGUUUCACCUUACACUCUGAUUGCAUAUGUCUGAGUCUGUUGCUGAAUUAUCUUUAUAUAUUUGCUUGUUUUUAUUAAUUCAUUUGAAAGUUUUUGGAGAUCUGUCAGGAGUUAUAGAAAGUGAUUUCAAAUUUUUUUUGUUGGUUUCAACUUUUUUAUUUGAAGAAACCAAGACUUUAAUGGCAAUAAUGUUGUAUAUUGAUGUGAUUAAAUAACGAUUCAUUCUAACUAACAGUUGAUUUUGCUGUUUUGUAAAAGAACUAUUUAUUUAUUUGCAUGGCUUACACCAAUCCUGGUCAGUGUUUUGAGUUAUUGCAUUAAUGAUGUGUACCUAGUAUCAGUGCUGAAGUAAAAUAAUAAGAUUAUUAUAUCAAGUGUUACAUUAUAAAUACCAUAAAAAAAUAAGACAAGAUAUUUGGUUUAGUUUUUGUGAAAUUUAUUACUAACUCAUGUUUGUAAAGCAUAAGAUAUGAUGAAAUAUUUAUUUAUGAUCAAGGAGGAAAAAAUUCUUUGUUAAUUUUUUUUUUCGUGAAAAAACGUAAAUUUUCACAAUUUAAACUUAAAAAUUCUGGAAUAUAAUUUAUUCUUAUAGCUUAUCUGUUAACUGAUAUUAUUUUGAAUUCCUUAAUAUUUGUAAAAAUCCAUAUUCUGUUUGUACUGCAAUAGCUAACAUGUGGGCAUAGGCUGAGGUUUAUCUGGUAAUUUUUUCUUUGUAUGCUUAUCUAACACCAAACAUUUUUUGAUCAUCUCCACUUAUUUGCAGAUUUUUUGCAACAAUUUUCUUUAUUAUUAUGCUAAGUUAAUGUAAUUCUUUCUUCAUAUUAAAAAUAAAGUUAUAUGGAGAGUAAUUUAUUCAGCAUUAUUUUGUGCAUGAAAAUUGUUUAAUUGUGAUCAAAAUUGCCAUUGCCAGUUUUCAUUUUUUUUAAAUCAUAAAACAACUGAUCAAUAAUCAUUACUAGAAGUUAUUUAGUAUAUAGAGAGGGGUAUGAAAUAUGAUGUUUAAUGGUUCAAAUUUUAUGUAUGAGAAGACUAAUUUCCACACUUGUACGUAGGAAGUAUUGGUAUUAAGUUUUCUGCAAAUGAUUCACAAUAACUUUUUUUUGCAUUAUAUUUCUUUGAUUGUAUUUAUGUAAAUAUGUUAGUGUGCUUGUCUAAAAUAUGAAGUACAUGUUAAAAACUAAAGAAAAACUGAAAGCCCCCAUCUUGGAUUUGGUAGGAGGUCAAUUGAUUUGAUACAGGCCAACUGUUUGAGAUUAAUCCGACCACUGUGUGCGCUUUAGCUUAAAUGCAACUACCAGAAGAUUUUUGUGAUCAUUUGUGGUAAGACAAAUGUGAGAGUCAGUUGGGCCUCCAGUUUGAUAUACUGACCUUUUGAUCACCUCAGAGAAUGUAGUGAGCAGUUAAACAACUCACUGAUUUGAAUAAAAAGAAUGCUCCAUCUUUGAUUAUUAGAUAUGUAUACCAACUCAACAUUCUAAAAAUAUUAUUGCUACGUUUUUUCUUCAGUUAACAAGGAGCAUGAGAAAAUAUUUUCCCAGUCAAACCUCAUGUUGAUUUUUUUCUGAAAGUUCCAAUAACACUUGUUUUUUAACAUAUUUUAAAUUUCUAAACCUUCACGCAGCAUCUAAAGUUUUAGCACUAAAAACGCAUUACACAAUAUUCAAUGCCUUCGCCUAAAUUAUAAAAUGAUAAAAUGUAUCACUUCAGGGACAUUUUGAAUACUUAUUAACAAAAAUUGUGAAAUCUUGACUUUAAUUAUGCUAUUAUAUUUUCAACACUUAAAAUAAUUAUUGAAUGAUGUAUUACCUUUGUUAAUAUGGAAAACUUUUUAUUAAGUGUUUCAAUAAUUUUGAUCAUGACUAAUUUCCCUCUUGUAACAAGAAGUGUUUCCAUAAUGGUGUACAAAUCCUUUUCUAAAUGGUUUAAUAUUCAUGUCAAACCAAUGAAAUUGUUGUUCUUGCUUUAAUCUUGUGUCACAUCUCCAUCUACGUCAUCAAGGUGUGCAAUUUGUAAAACAUGUAAUUUACCUAUUUGCAAUUUAUUAUUAAUGCCCUAACAUGUUUAGGUUAGAUUCUGUCUUAAAUGGUGCAGGCACAAAUAUCUACACAUAAGAUAGCAAUCUUUUUAAGAUUAAAUUUGUAUGCUAUUCUGACAACAGGUCAAAACUUCACUUUUAGGCUAUAGUAUGUCUACUACCUAGAUGUCAUUAGAUUUAGAUAAACCCGGUGUGGAUACACAAACAAGUAAAUUUGAAGGUAAAUUACAACCUAUCCAUGGUUAUUUACAUUUUAAAACACAAAUACCCCUAUGAACUUUUUUUGUCACACUUUAAAUAUCAGAAGUCAAAUUCUUUUUAUCUAAGUUUAAUAUCUUUAAAAUUUAAAUGUGCAUUCACAAAAAUCACUAAAGUGAUAGACAAACAGGCUGUGUACAUAUUUAUUUGUACUCUUUAGCAAUUUAUAUUCUCUUUUAUCUCUGUUACAAGGAAUGAAAAUUUUGAAUUAUAUUCUUGAUGAUGAAUUUUUCCUUUACAAAAACUACACCAUCACGUAAAAAAAAUAUUUAAAAAAACAAUUUAUAGAUAACUAGGAAAAUUAGAGAGAAAAAAAGUAGUUAAAAUGCACAAUGUAGGAAGUAGUUUUUUCUUCUUUCAAUUCUAGUUUUACAAGCAGUUUUAUCUAUUGCAGUUUUGUAUUUAAUAAAGGCCUAACAGCUUUUAUUUAUAUAAAAGAAGUUGUACUCAACAUUUUCUUCCCUCGUGCUAUAGUGAAUCUGAAACGCAUUGUCAAAGUUGUUUUAUUCUUCCCAAUAUCAAUCACUUUAUGUUCACAUCUAAAGGCGGCACUUGUUAAUUAACUUCAAACCCAGAUAGCUAGUACUGCAUAUAGCUAAGCUUGUCUUUAAGCAUUGUUUUAUCUUUAAAACCAGCUAAGUAUGUAUGGAUACUCUAAUAGGAAUAGGUCAUUAAAAGUGAGCUUCUCUUAUACUUUAAAAAUACAAGUUUGUUAACUGUAUCUUUCUGUGAUAAUUUAAGAUCCCUCAGAAAAAAAACUGUAAAUGCCUUUUUCGUCAAAUAUGUAAAAAUUGAUAGUGAUCAUCAGAAUUUUUUUU